AUGACCAAUUCAACGGCACCUCGAGUCAUCCUGGGCUUGAUGCUUUAUGGUCCUGACUCCUUUAAGGACAGCCGUGUGACUUCCGUGCCAGAAUUGGAGCGCCAUCUCGAUCGAUUCCAGAACACCUACGGUUACAAUGAAAUUGACACAGCCCGCAUUUAUGUGCAAGGAAAGCAGGAGCACUUUACGGCGGAAGCUGGAUGGAAAAGCCGCGGUCUCCAAGUUGCCACAAAGUCCUGGCCUUGGACUCCGGGUUACCACACGCCCGAAAACGUCAGAAACGAUCUGGAAACUUCCUUGUCCGAACUCGGUACGGACCAGGUCGAUAUUUUCUACCUGCAUGCUGCUGAUCGCGCGACACCCAUCACUGAGACUCUCGAGACUGUGAAUACACUAUAUCAGGAGGGCAAGUUCAAGAGGUUUGGCAUCAGCAACUAUUCCGGGUACGAGGUUGCCGAAAUCGUCAUGCUUUGUCAUAGUCGAGGAUGGAUCAAGCCCACGAUAUACCAGGGAUUAUACAACGCAGUCUAUCAAAGCUCCGCAGCGGACGAGAAGGGUCGAUAUGCCCUUGACACGUUCCUUGGGCCCAUAUUCCGAGACAUCUACUUCAAAGAAAGCACCUUCCAAGCGCUCGAAGUUAUCCAGGCCGCGGCAGAGAAGCAUCACUUGACCGUGGCCGAAGUUGCGUUUCGCUGGCUGGUGCACCACUCGGCUCUCCGAACUGCGCCCAGAGGAGGCAAUGAUGGAGUUAUCAUAGGCAUCAGCAAGAUCGAACAGCUGGAUCAAAAUAUUCUGGAUAUGAGAAAAGGUCCCUUGCCGGAAGAUGUGGUGGAGGCUCUGGAGAAGGCGUGGUUGAUUGCAAAGGGGACUGCUUCGGAUCCCUGGCCUACUCCUCUGGUGUACACAUAUGACGCGAAAGAAGUGCUCUUCAAGGACUGA